UGUCCUGCUCUGGAGAAGACGGAAUUUUAUGAUAGAUCGGGAAGCAUCAAGAGACACAUUAAGAAAGCUUUGAUUAAACUAGAAAAAAAUCCAAAAUGUUGGAAGAGGUUCUGAAGAGCAUUGACUGUGUCCUCUUGUUCUGUUCAUUCUCAGGAAAUAGUUUUAUCCUUUUUAUGAACGCGCUUGUUUGGGUCAGGAAUAAAAGUUUGAAUGUCUCCGAUCAGCUAACCAGUGGGAUUUGUCUGUCUGAAGCAUUAUACGAAGUCCUGAAAGCUUGUGGAUUCAUCUUCCAGAUGCCGGAAGUGAACAUCGGAGCGGACCCAAGGGUUAGUUUGGUGGUCGCCUUGACCAUCCUCUCUUGCAGAUUCUGGUUGUCCACUUGGCUUUGUGUGAACUUCUGCCUUAAGAUCGUGAACUUUAACAAAGAAUUCUAUAUCUACUUGCAGAAGACCUUCUCCGAGAACGUCUUGUGGCUCUUGGUUCUGUGUUUACUUGGAUCUUCCCUACUAAGUUGGGCCGUUGGAUUUGGUGUUCCAGUUCAGCCGUUCCUAAAUUCAAGCCUUGGGGUCUUUGAUGGAAACGCGUCCUCCAGUCAUGGGCUGGGUUUGGAAUGUCCUUUGGUAUGUCAGGCCUUUAUUUAUGAGUCUCUCCUGGGCUUCCUGCUGUCUUCUGCAUCUUUGGUGGCCAUUAUCACCUCUCUUUAUAGUCAUAUGAAGAACAUGCAAAGCAUGGUGGGGGAAUUCAGAAGUCCCAACAUUGAUGUUCAUUUACGGGCUGUCAGAACCAUAUCCUUCUUGCUUCUUGGCAAUUUACUAGCUAGUUCUUCCUAG